AUGGGUCGAGAGAGAGAAGUGCCAGGUUGUGGUGAUUGUUGUGUGGAGAGGUUUUGUUGGACUGACACAAAGAAGCCUCGACUCGUCACUCUGACAGAUUGUUCAUUUUUCGAAAGAACGCGACUAGAUUUAGAGACCUAUUUUGGUUUGGUGACCACGUUGCUUCACCUCAAGCCUCCGAGACAACGAUACAUUUCCUUAGAGUUUGGCGUUUCUUCAAAUUGUGUGGUGGACUGGUAUUCUUUCUGCCGCGAAGUGUACUUUCAUCACAUUUCAACGACGUCGAAGAAAAUUGGCGGACCUUUGACAGUCGUUGAAAUUGACGAGGCAAAAUUUGGAAAGAGAAAGUACAAUCGCGGCAGAAAUAUUCAGGGACAGUGGGUUUUUGGGGGAAUAGAAAGGCAGAGCAGAGAGUCCUUCCUUGUUCCUGUAGAUCAACGCGAUAGGGACACUCUGCUCGACAUAAUUCAACAAUGGGUUCUGCCAGGUACCACAAUUGUUAGCGACUGUUGGCGGGCCUACAAUUGUCUCGGUGACGAGGGAUUUAGGCACUUAACGGUCAAUCACUCAAUAAACUUUGUCGACCCUAACACCGGCGCCCACACAAACACAAUUGAGAGACACUGGAGGGAAGUCAGGGCCAACAUCCCUCGGUAUGGUGUCCGGACUGACCAUUUUGUUGGGUACCUGGCAGAAUUCCUUUUUAAGACAAAAUAUCGCGUCAACGCUCUCCUAGGAGCUAUUUGA